CGCCGCCGGCCGGGAUCUGUUUACUCAAGGAAGGUCUGUGGCCGAGGCGGCGUUUCAUGAAACGUCAUUCAUAUUGGUGUUUCAAUAUUAAGUGAAAUCUUGAGGGUGUGUGAGUGUGUAGUAAGAGGCUCAGACUUUUACCACCAUGCUGGCUCUGUCCAGAUGUUCAGCGGCUUUGAGCUGGAGGCUUCCCCUGUGUUGCUCUGCCGUCCGUCUGGCGAGCCGCUCCGUCGCAGCCGGCCCUCAGUUUCUAAAGAGCCAGACUGCUCAGUUUCACCAAAGCGAAGCCAGAGCAAGUCCUGAUCCAAACAAGAUCACCUCAGUGUCUGGUUUGGAGGGGGCCCUGACCGAGAUGGGGAUGUGGUCCCUGGGCAUCGGCGCUGUCGGAGCGGCCCUGGCCGGGAUCUUCCUGGCCAACACUGACAUGUGUCUUCCUAAAGGUGCCAGCGCAUCGCUGGAGCACCUCGAAGACGCCGAUCUGCGUUCCACCACAGAUGAUGGAAAGGUUAUAAAAGCGAAGAGCCUGUGGGAGAAGAACGGCGCGGUGGUCAUGGCCGUACGGCGGCCUGGAUGAUUUUUGUGCAGAGAGGAAGCCUCUGAGCUGUCCUCUCUGAAGCCCCAGCUGGAAGAGCUCGGGGUCCCUCUGGUUGCCGUGGUGAAAGAGAACGUCGGCUCAGAGAUCCAGGACUUCAGACCGCACUUCGCCGGGGACAUCUACAUAGAUGAGAUGAAACAUUUCUAUGGACCACUGCAGAGAAAGAUGGGAGGGCUAGGCUUCAUCCGCCUUGGGGUGUGGCAGAACUUUAUUCGGGCCUGGAGGUCCGGUUACCAAGGUAACAUGCAGGGCGAAGGCUUCAUCUUGGGAGGAGUGUUUGUCAUCGGACCAGGAGAUCAGGGAAUCCUCCUGGAGCACAAAGAGAAGCAGUUUGGCGACAAGGUGGACAUAGCGGACGUCCUGAAGGCUGCGCAGAAAAUUGUUUCAGCGAAAUAGAACGUUGAUUUAGAUCUGAGCUAAAAUGAACAAAUAAUUUUACUUUGAGUUGUGGUUUACGUUGACUAAUAUGGCAAUAUACCUCCAAGUAAUUUGCUGUU